CGACCCCCGAGACUAAAGAACUGACAAUGGGCAACUUCAAGAAAUACCUGGAAUCUUCCAUCUUUGAUGAACAUGAGAUUAAAAUUCGAAGGUCACUUACCGCAUCCUAGCGCGCAAACUCGAAAUACAUGUCAACGUCGCGAAGCAGAUGCUCUACGAGUUUCACAGGUGUCAUAAGAAGAAUAAUGAGAGUAUCUAUGCUACCUACAUCAUCACCGGCGAGCUGAAGGUCAUUGAAGAGGCCGGGGGUGAUGAGGACGAGGAUGAGGAUAUGAGCGGGAGCCCCUUUGAGAUUACGCCGCGGGAAAAUAAGGAGAAGUUUAGGUAUCAGAAGAUUGUCAGGUUGGUUGGUGAGGAGAGACUCGAAGAAGUUAAAGCCGAAAUUGAAAAUAUCAAGACCGUUCAUGUUUAUAGUCUUGGACCGAGUAGGAUUAGAGAUUUGUGUGUGUUGUCAGCUUGCUCUGAGAGGGUUCGCUCGGAAUUCGUUUACGAGGAUGAACAGGCUGCGGGGAGAGUCUACGGCAUGAUAGUUAAUCAUCUGGCGAUCAAAGCCCCAAGACCCAUCAGACCCCCAGUUAGACCGCACGCCAUGGCUAUCCCGACAGCGUCGAAGGCCAAUGAGAAGGCUGGAACGAAGGAAAAAGCUGAAGCCAAGUCGAACCCGGAUACGAAGACUAAGGCGAAACAUGAACCUGAGACCAAAAUAGAGAAGAAGCCUGCUCCUGCUCAGAUGAAGCGUUCUCAAUCGACAACUAAAGCUGCGCAGAAGAGACAGGGACCUUCUAAUCUGUUUACUUCAUGGAGUAAUGCUUCCAACAAGAAGGCAGAAUCCAAUCCUUCUUCAACCGCGCAUAGUCCUAAAACUGAGGAAGUCUCAGUCAGAAUGGAUCUUGAUAGUGAAGAAGAGAGUGAUUCUGAACUUACUCUUCUUAGAGAUGCUGCUGAAGAUGCCAGAAAGAGAAGAGAGAAAUACGAUGAACUUACUAAAAUGAUGGAGAUGAGUGAUGAUGAUGAAGAUAUCAAACCCAAGCCUAAAAGGAGAGUAAAGGAAGAAGUGAGUGAGGAAGAGGAAGAAGAAGCGGAAGAAAUUCAAGAAGUUGAAACGCCCCCAGAAAGCAAGCCUGUCGAACUCCCUACUGGCAGUGUUGUGAACGCUGUCACCGAAGGCGGGAGAAGACGCGGGAGGAGAAAGGUCAACAAAAAGAUCCAAGUUAAGGAUGAGGAUGGGUAUCUCGUCACAAAGUUUGAACCUGCGUGGGAAUCCUUUUCAGAAGAGGAGCCUGCGCCAAAGCCUAAGCCGAAGCCCAAGACUGCUCCAAAGAGUAAAAAGAAAAACGCAGGACCUGUGACUGGGCAAGGGAGUAUCAACUCUUACUUUUUCAAAAAGUAAUCCGCAUCACUCAAUACCGUGCGCUUAUUUGCCAAUCUUAUACCCAUUAUCACCGGCUCCUACUUUUCUCUUUUUGUUAUAUCCUGUGGAACUGCCAGGUGGAGGUGGACUUCGGUGGAAUUGGAAGUUUGCCUCUUGUUGCUGCAUUUGGUUUGAUUUUUGUACAUUUUCAAGUUUACAUUUUGCUAGACUUUCAAUGAUCGGGAUGGUCAGAGGGGAACGGGAGUUUGUUGUCGGGUUGUACCUUAGAGAUUCAUAUGGCUAAUUAGUGGCAAGAUCAUGU